AUGAAGACAUCUUGGUUGGGAUGGUCCCUUCUGUCAGUGUUGGCCGUUCCAACAUUGGCCGCCGCAUCUGCGAAGCUUGAAAAGAGAGGUCGUGGCGUCGAUCCAGAGAUCCCUUCAGUUUUUAAUGGUUUAGACGUCCCUCCACUGCUCCAGCUAACGUCUGACAAUUUUGACGAGCUCACUAAAGAGGGAACAUGGAUGGUGAAACACUAUUCGCCUACCUGCGGUCACUGUAGAAAGGCCGCACCUAUCUAUCAGACCUUGUACGAAUACUACUAUACUUCCAACCCCGAGUCUCCAGCCUCCGGAAAGCCCAUCGACCCCAAAUCCUCAAACUCCUUCACCGGUUACUAUAAUUUCCAUUUCGCAUCGAUUAAUUGUCUCGCCCAAGGUGACCUUUGUCAAAGACUGAAAAUCGACGCCUACCCAAAGUUCGGCUUCUACGAAAAUGGCCAACAGAAGGAACUUACUACCGGUGUGAGAUCGCUGGAGGAGCUGAGCAAACUUGUCGAGGAGAAACUCGAGGCGAAGAAGCCUGGAUCUCGCCCCACACAGGGUGUCAAAUUGCCCGAAGUUGGCGCCAACAAGGUUGAUUCAACCGCGGAGCCUGACAAUCCCGUUGCAAAGGACAAGGACCCCGCUGCCGGUAUCCAGGCUGGCGAGAAGCACAACGAGCUAACCACCAACAGAAAACCCUCGGAUGGCUCUGCAGACUCUAAAUCGGGUGAUCUCACUCAAACAAAGGAUAAGGCUGAAGCUAAGGAUAAGCCUGAGCCGGCUCCUGCUAACCCUCAGGGUCUCUCGGUUCCUCUCACUGCCGAAAGUUUCCAGAAACUGGUGACCACUACUCAAGACUCAUGGUUCAUCAAGUUUUACGCUCCCUGGUGCCAUCACUGCCAAGCAUUGGCACCUAACUGGCUCGAGAUGGCCAAGGAGAUGAAAGAUACUCUCAACAUCGGUGAAGUCAAUUGCGAAAUCGAAACCAGACUCUGCGAAGAUGCGCGUGUCAAUGCUUAUCCGACCAUUUACUUCUUCCGUGGUGGCCAGAGAGUCGAAUACAGUGGCCUGCGUGGUCUGGGUGAUCUUCUCUCAUUCGCCAAGAAGGCAGUUGGACCCGGCUCCACUAUUGAAGAUGUGGAUGCCGCUACUUUCAAAGAGCUUGAGGAAACCGAGGAAGUCCUAUUCUUGUAUUUCUACGACGACGCGACCACAUCUGAGGACUACAAGGCCAUGGACCAUCUGACCUUAAGCCUUGUGGGCCAUGCUCGGAUUGUCAAAACUAGCAGCGCUGCUCUUGCCGAUCGCUUCAAGAUCUCCACUUGGCCCCGCCUUCUAGUAGUCCGUGAAGGACGACCCACUUAUUACAAUGCCCUCGCUCCUAAGGAUAUGAGAGAUUUUCGGCAAGUCCUGAACUGGAUGCAAAGCGUGUGGCUUCCUAUACUUCCCGAGCUCACUGCUUCCAAUGCUCGUGAGAUUAUGGAUGGAAAAUACGUUGUACUCGGCCUUCUUAGCCGCCGUCGUUCCGACGAUUUCAAGCAAUCCAAGCGAGAAUUGAAAGAGGCUGCCUUCGAAUGGAUGGACAAGCAGAUCCAGCUCUUCCGCCUUGAACGAUCAGAACUCCGCGAUGCCAAGCAACUACGCAUUGAGGAAGCCGAUGACCGCAAUGACCAGCGUGCUCUGCGAGCCGCUAAGAACAUGCGUAUUACCAUCCGCGAGGAUGAUAAGAAGCCCGUAGCAUUUGCUUGGGUAGACGGUGAUUUCUGGGAGCGCUGGCUUCGCACAACCUACGGCAUUGAUGUGGAGAAUGGAGAUCGUGUGAUCAUCAAUGAUCAAGAUAACCGCCGUUACUGGGAGACUGCCUCCAGCGGAGCUCCAAUCAUGGCCUCACGUACUUCGAUUCUCGAAACCAUUCCUCUUGUCAUUGCUUCCCCACCGAAGCUGUCUCCAAAGUCCACCAUUGGCACCUUUGAAUCUUUCUUCUUCUUUACCCGGUCCUUCAUCGGCAAUCACCCUAUUCUUUUCUUCAUCUUGCUGGGCAUUACUGUGGCCUUGGCCACAUUCUUUGGACGUGGCCGCAUUUUGCGUCGUACCGGUCUUGCCCGCGGUGGUAUCCUGGGCAAUACUAAUGCUGGUACUAGUAGCGGCUUUUUCCAACUGGAUGGCAAGGAGGGAUUCCUGAACGGAGGUUCGACAGGAAAAGUCGAUUGA